CCCCACCCCACCCUUUUCUUUCUAUUUUUAUGUAUCAUUUGGGUGCUAACUCUAGUUUAUAGAACAUACCAACAUGGAGAAUUCAACUCAAAGCAACCAAUUUUCAUCUUGUACCUCCUCCUCCUCCUCUACCACCACCGCGACAACCGGACUUGUAACAUGUGCCUUGAAUGAGUGCAAGUUUAGAACAAACUCGACGAGAGUUCGAAAAAGAAACAAUGACACUGGGGGUGGUGGUGGUGAGGAUGGUGAAAAUCACCCGACUUAUCAUGGUGUAAGAAAAAGAAGUUGGGGCAAAUGGGUGUCCGAAAUUCGCGAGCCACGUAAAAAAUCAAGGAUAUGGCUUGGGACAUAUCCAACAGCCGAAAUGGCGGCUCGAGCCCAUGAUGUAGCCGCGCUAGCCAUAAAAGGCGGCUCGGCUAAGCUCAAUUUUCCUAAAGUAGCACAUUUACUUCCUCAGCCAGCCACAAGAUCACCCAAAGACAUCCAAGCCGCCGCCGCAAAGGCAGCCGCCAUGACAUUUGACAAUGGAGCCGAGCCAGAUAGCCACCACUAUGGAGCCGAGCCAGAUAGCCACCACUAUGGAGCCGAGCCAGAAAGCCAAGAUACAAUGGCUUAUGAUGACGAUGACGAUACAUUUUUCAACUUGCCGGAUAUUUCCCACCGCUACACUGACCGGAGUGGCGGUUUCUUUACGGCUUCAUCUUGGCAACUGGUAGCCGGUGUUGAUAACGGCUUUAGCCUUGGAGCCGAGGAGCCGUUUCAUUGGGAGAUAUACUAGCUAGCUUAUGAUUUAAAAAAAAAUAAACUAUAUGUGUAAAUUGCUAUAAUAUACACACACCUUUUGGAUUUAUCACAUAUAUCGUAUAUUAUUGUUGUA